CAGCUUGUAUCUUUGGGGUCUUGCUAGAAAAUGAGUCCGUAGUGCUGAAACUUCAAAAGGGGACUAAAGGGGAUAGCAAUCUCAUAUGUGACCUUGUCCAGACUUUAACUGAAGAUGAACCUGAUGUUGUGAUGAAUGCUGCUGGAGCCAUAGCCUCAUUGGUUGAAACUGCAUCAGGACGGACAUGGUUCCUUCAGAUCCAAAGUGUGUUAUAUCAGGUUCUUGAGAUCCUAUCUGUUCUUCUAGAGAAUGAGAGAGAAAAUACGGUUAACUCUGCAGCACUUAUUCUUGCACGACUGUUCCUAUGUGAAGAAACCUGUGAAAAGGUUUUAUCCUAUUCAUCUGCCUGCAAGAUCUUCAGAUGUUUGACACAAUGUUUAUCAUGUAGCCACAAAGACACGGCCAUGAAUGCAGCAUUUGCUGUUGGCCGUCUGUGUGGUAGCAGACAAGCCAAGAUCCUCAUUCUGAGAGAGGCCAAAGAGCAUCAGCUGGUUAGCCGACUGCAGGCUUUGCUGUUGAGCAGGUCGGGAGUGGAAAUGGGCCAAACAGUGUGCUUUGCUCUGAGCUGCUUAGCAAAUGAUAAAGAUGGCCAUGCUCUGCUGAUGGAAAGCACCUCUGUCCCUGAUUUGCUGGAUGGUCUUUUACAGCUGUUGCAGAGCCCAGACCCAGACAGUAUCUGGUUUGCUGCUAUGACAGUGCGAAUGCUGGUGUCCCAGCCAAGUGGAGUGGUUUCUGUCAGGAUGCAUUGUCCUCUGCAUGAGCAAUUAAAGUUGCUCUCUGUGUCGCCAUCCACUGGGGUAGAACUGCAGGAGGAGGUCAAUAUGUGUCUCAGGAGACUGAAGCGUUUAUCCAAACCACCUCCAGUGAUGAUUACAAACCUCUCAUCAACAAGCUGCACUGUAUCAUGGGAGACGUGUGAGCCUGAAAGCGGCCUGGACGUUAUGUACAGUCUCUUUGACAAGGAUGUUAUGCUGUACCAUGGCCUGUUGUGUCAGGUGAUCAUACCUGUUUCUUCCAAGCAAUCUAUGGAGCCCCUCUCCCUACAGCUCAGCCUGUCUACACCUGAUGGUGACAUUAGUCCUUUUAGUGAACCUGUGGUUAUUACUCCAGAGCAGCUGGAUACCAGACUUAAACCUCCACGAGAGCUCUGUGUGAUAGGCUCUACAGCUACACAGGUACGCCUGUGCUGGAUAGAGCCAGAGGAAGGAGCCAAACCCAAAUCAUACCAAAUCUACUGUAAUGACACACUGGUGAAGACCACUACUCUGCUGGGGGCUACAGUGAGCUGUUUAUCUCCUGGUACCACCUACCAGCUGAGCGUGAGUUCACUUGGUCCAGGGGACACAGAGAGUCCUAGAGCAGUAACUGAGGUGAGGACAGCAGAAGAUCAGGAUCAUGCUCCUUCUGCUCUGGCCGUAGUUGUCCUGGGACGACAUGAACUGCAGAUAAACUGGGGAGCUCCUGUUGCUCCUUUAGGGAGACUCUUCAAAUACGAGCUCAGUCUGAAUGGGUGUGUGGUGUACCUGGGCACAGAAAGGUCAUACACUGCUCGUCGCCUGUCUACAAACACAUCUUACACCUGUGUUGUGACAGCCAUAACCUCCAGGGGGCGCUGCCACAGCAGUCCGGUCACAAAGAAGACAGCCCGGGAUGAAUACCUGCACUCACAUAGGUAUCUGCAGUCCCCUAGCCCUCAGACCAUCUCAAAACACUUCACUCCUUCUCCAAGCAUCCAAGUUAUAAGUGAGAUCAAACAGAAUGACACAGUUUCACCAGCUACACUUAAGUCUAAGGUCCAUCUGACUAUGGUCCCACACAGAACCCUUGACCUUCGAAAAGACAGAGGUGUCAUAAAGCAACCACCAGUUCAGAUACAUAGUCCUAAAGGAAUUCAGUGUUCCAAUCACACAUCUAAGACUGACGAACAGGGUCCAGCUUUUGUGUUUCCUGUGAGCUCUACUGACCGUCUUACAGUUCUUAACCAGGAAGAUUCUGAGUACAUGUUUCGGUCUCUGACCAUGUCAUCAAUGCCAUGUCAUCCAGAGGACCUCAGACACUUUAGGGCAAGGAUCAGCCCAGCCAGACUGAUGCAGUGGAACUCAGACAGAAAAGUUCCCAGAGAAAAACUUCCAGGCAUCACCAAACAAAUCUCAGAGGAUGUGAGACUGCUUCAGCCGGUUUCAUUUAACUGGUCUAAUCUGAAAUGGACAAAACUACAACAAAACAGACCACAAAGGGACAGAAAUAAAACUGACGGUCCAAAGUCCACAAAGAGGAAGACAAUACCAAGUACCACCACUAACCAAACUCUACCAAAAUCAGUGUUUAAAUAAAUGCAUAUUUCCUUUAUUUAAAUAUAAAUGAAUGUAUUUCAGAUGUUUUC